AUGGAGGAGCAGAAAAAGCGGUCGUUUCCUCUGAAAGUGAUUUUGCGGGAUUUCUUUAGUGAUCACAGGCAAAAAGCUUACAUAUGCGUCAAGGAGCAAUGGACGACCAUCCUGGAUCUCCAGAAUCACAUUAUAAAUCUCUUCAAUCUCUCUCACGAAGUCUUCAUCACAGAUGCUGAUGGAUACUUGUUUCCUGCCCAGGAAUCCAUCGAUAUCGUCCAGCAAGGAGGAACUCCUCUUACGGUUAAUAGGAAGAUUGAGCCGUGCAAAACCUCUCUUCUCGCCAAUAAUGGGAAGACUUUCAAAUCCACAAGAAAUUCAACUCCUUUCGCCAAUGGAGGAGCACCGGAGAUUGCCCUGGAAAUUACAGAGACUCCAAUUGCCGGGAUUCCACCACCUAAAGAGAAUGGUGCAGUCUUGCCGGAAGUGAGAGAGCAACAGAAGCGGAGAAAGAGAGUGAGGAAGCGCAAGAAGAAUAAUCAGGAAGUUCAGGAAGAUUCUUCAUCCGUUCUGGAUGACAGUGAGACACGGAAGCGCUUGAAGGGCAGUAAGACAGCGUCGCAUAUAAGAUUUGCCGGCAGUGAAGAUGGGGAUGAAGAAAAUGAGAGUGUUCUGGACAAUAUGCAAAUCACAGAUACGCCUCUCGGGCAGUCUGAUGUUAUAGUAUCUCGGACUCUACACAAGACCACGGAGAAAUCAAAGGCUAAAGAAACUAAUGGGAACUGCUCAAAAUCCUUCAAUAGGUCAAGUGCAACAAAUAGUUUUGCCCUGGAGGAGCUUCGGGAGCGUCUUCCGGAUCUCGAUAUGCCCACUCUGAAGAAAUUGCCCAAGAAGGAUGAUGUGAUAGCUUUUAAAUUGCUGAAGAUAGGAGAGACUUACGAGCCAAUCCUCUCAAAUUUCAUCAUAGGGAUUGUGGAAUCAGUCAGCAAGGAGAAGAAUGAAGUAUCCCUCCUGAUCUUGUCAGGAGAGGAAGAACUCAAGGAACCUCAGGGGAAAUUUUCUCUUCCAGAAACGCCAUCAGACCAUUGCGAUGAACUAGAUGAUGAUCUGCUCACAGUCAAUUUCUCAAACCUUCAGGAAGUUCGUCGUCUGGAUCUGACCAAACUGGGAGCAACUUUCUAGAGAUCAAUUCAACAUGAGAUACCAUUUAUUGUAACUAAUGUUCGUACAUUUGUCCAAUUCUUUGCAAGAUCCAUUCUUUUUUUUUGUGAGUCGAAAAAAAAAACAAGGCAUUGUUCAUUAAUUUUUUUUUUUAAUAAAUCACAUCUUCAGCUAAAAAGUGAAAGGCA